CAUGUGUACUUUUUCUACAUAUACACUGAUGACAUUUUUGUCAGCCUCUGUAGCUUUUAACUUAGAUACCGAACAUCCGGUGAUCUAUACAGGACCAAAUGGAAGUUAUUUCGGAUAUUCCGUAGCAAUGUUGGAUAAUGUAUAUGGUUCAUGGGUUUUGGUUGGAGCCCCACUGGACCAAGACAUUAACCAGCCCGGGGUUGAUCGUCCUGGGACACUUUACAAAUGUCCGUACAGUGACCAUGGGUCAAGGGAAGAAUGUACCCAGGUAAACGUGGACAGCACAGGGAAUACAGAACAAGCUAUGAUGUUCCAUGGUAAUAAUAUCAAGUUUCACCACCAUAAAGACGGUCAGUGGCUUGGCGUGGCUCUUGAUGUUCGACCAGACGACCAUUCGUCCGUUUUGAUUUGUGCUCACAGAUGGAUGGACAACUUUCUGCUGAAGAAGUUUGACGACAUAUCCCACAUGAACGGCAUGUGCUAUCAGUUACAUAGUAACUUGACUGCUCCAGGUCGACUCGUCCCAGCCCUCACCAAACUAAACCGCUUGGUAAAUCGGAGACUUCGCUAUGCCGAAUUCUCCAUGGGCAGCCUUGGGAUGGCGGCUCAGUUUUCAAACGAAGGAGGUCAGCUCUUAAUGGGUGCACCCGGGCUCAACGACUGGUCUGGCGGAGUUGCCAUAGAGAAGGAGAGCAAUUCCAGACGAGAUCUACGCUACAUAGAACCGGUUUACAGCAUAUAUCACGACAAUUAUAUAGGGUAUGCCAUCACCACCGGAAGUUACUUGUCGCGCAGGUCCAAGAAUAUUGCACUAGGUGCUCCGAAGGCCAAUAACACGGGAAAGGUUUUAAUUUUUGAUUUGGCGAAUCCAAGAAACAGUCCUCAGCUUAUCAUAACUGGAAACCAGCUGGGAAGCUACUUUGGCUCGGCACUGUGUACAAUGAAGUUCAGCUCGGACGGGUGGGACGACAUCUUGGUGGGUGCUCCAUGGUACUCAUCCGGCGGUGUUCAAGAAGGACGUGUUUUUAUUUACAUCUCUAGGGGACUGAUGGGAUUUAAAAAGUCGGAUACAGAAUUAGUUGGAUCCUCGUCUAGCCAUUCCGGAUUUGGUUCAGCCAUCGUUAACCUGGGCGAUACAAACAACGAUGGUUACCAAGACGUAGCUGUAGGAGCGCCAUACGAGGAUGACACCCGCGGGGCCGUGUACGUGUAUUUAGGUACUAAGGACGGCGUGUGGCCUGUACCGUUACAAACCAUACACGCCCGCACACUAAAUCUGGGGCUAAGAGGAUUUGGAGCAGCGUUCUCGCGACCUCACGACAUCGACAAAAAUGGAUACAAGGAUAUUGUCGUGGGAGCUCAUAUUUCAAAUCAAGCUGUGUUACUACGCACGCGCCCCAUACUGAAAUUAGCUGUUGUUUUUAUCGUUGCGCCAAAGAAAAUAGAUCCUGAUCGAAUGUGUACAGACUACGGAUUACCUUACCCCUGUGCCAGGGUGAGGUUCUGUUUCUCCUAUCAAGUUAAUGGACAUCCUACUCCAGCUGAUAUUGAUUUGCAUUAUACUCUGGGUGUUGAUGUCACACGUGGUCACAAAACACGCAGGGCUGUUUUCAUUGAGGCCCUGAAGAACGCAACCUUAACGGAAGUGAUGUCACGAACCGGAAGUUUUGUUUUGUCUCGAAAUUCCCGAACAUGUAGCGAUCUUCAUACAUUUUUUCUGAAGAAUACAGUAGACCCAUACGAGGCUAUCACUGUGGAGUUGAGUUUUUCAGAGAGAUACCGAAAUACUAGUUCGAUUGUACCGAUUGUGGCUCCUUACAUUGCUAAAAAGAAGGUGGUUCCGACACAACAAUAUAUACAACGGCAGAUUUCUAUCAUGAAGGACUGUGGAUCUGAUGACAAGUGUAGAAGUAGUCUCGAAUUAUUGAAUAUGACCCUGAUGAUUGGCCAGUCUAACUCUACAUAUGUUAUCGAUGAAAGUGAAGACAUAAAAGUAGGCAUUUCACUCAUAAAUUACGGAGAAGUAGCCUAUGCGACUGCGGUAAAAUUGAAUGCUCCUUGGAAUGUAGCAUUACGAGGAGGAUGGAAAACAAUGGCAAAAAUUAGCACGCCCCUAGCUUGUACGAUAAGUCAUUCACAAACAAAAUCUGAAAGAUGCGACAUAAUUUGUGACAUCGGCGACGUCAAGUUCCUUGAUGACGUCAUUAAAGUUUCAAUACAGUUAGGAAUAAGAUAUGAGUUUUCGACGAAAAGUUUCGUAAUAAAUUCAUCCUUAGAUUCAAGAAGUGAUGAUACAAUGACAAACAGGAAGACAAUGGCUACAGAGGUCCGAGUUCAGUACCUACCAAACGUUAAAAUCACUGGGUUUUCUACACCUGAUCAGCGCGUGUUAUCGGAGAGGAAGGACUUUCUAGGGUAUGAGAACAUCACUCAUAUCUUUGACGUCACUAGCUAUGGACCAAGCUCUCUUUCCCGUGGGAUCUUAACACUUAAGUUACCCGUCAGGGAAAGAUACAUUGAACUACGCAGAUAUACACUCGACACAGAACAGGGAGUAAGCUGUAUUGUAAACAGAAGUUCAAAUAUGUUGACCAAAGCCGACAGGAAAGACCAAGGACUUCGUAACAAAAUGAUGAUAAGCUGUGAGCGGUUCCCUUGUUUGUCCAUUAAGUGUGAUAUCUGGGACCUGUCACCACAACAUUCCAUUACAUUGAAAGCAUACAUGACCCUAUCCAGUAGUCUCUUCACUGAAGAUAAGAGAUUUAAUCACAUUCGACUGGAGACUUUCUCCAUGUUCACUUAUGACGAAGACCCGAGUCCGAAUUUCGAGGAAAUAAAAACAGGGACAUCGGUGGCCACAGACUUCCUGAUUUACAAAAAGGUACUACGUACAGAGAAACUCCAGCUUUGGAUCAUACUUGUCAGUUUCUGUGGAGGGAUAAUCGUUUUCAUGAUAAUUGGAAUAAUUCUUCUCCGAAUUGGCUUCUUUAAGAGGAGGCACCGAGACGAUCUUCUUAUCCUCCGAAAGUUACAGUCCAGACACUGUGGAAGAUCUCGCGUGAGUUCUGAAGAGACGAGUGAUGGAGGAGAGGGCAGCAAUGAGAAUCUCGUCCUCGCAACGGACUACAGAACUGUGACUUAUGACUUGUCAAGGGAAUCAUCACCCGAUUCACCGAUCUCCCGGACGUUUAAUGACACGGAUUAUUUAGAACCUAUUCAAACACUUGCGAGAUCGUGAUUUAUGAUAAUCUUAUUGAACGCUUAUAUUUAUUAUGUGUUUCAUAUUCAAAAUCGUCUGUUUUUUCUUAACUUCCCUUUUUUUAACAGACCGUUGGAAAUUUGCAUUUCAUCGUAUUAUCAGGUCCAAUUAAAAAAACCUACUAAUAGCAUUACUUUGUCGUUUAAUGAUUUCCCUCGGUCUGCUUAUUGCCAGAAUUGAGUUACUGCUUCCGGAAGAAAGGGUUAAGAUCUGGCUUCUGGUUCAAUGCGUGCGUAUACUCCACAAUAUACACAAAAUCGAUUUGUUGUUUGUCCAAUUCUUCUCUUGAAAUAUCUGAUCCGUUAUCUUUAUUUACUACAUUUUUGAUAUGUCAUUUCGUGCCGAUUCUACUGCAUUCCUGAAGAAACGCGAAACGCCAUGAAAAUACAGUGUAAUCAUCAACAUCUCUUAUAAGCGUUUGUUUUAUUGACUUUUCAUCAGAAAUUGAUAUCUCUUUUAAGUUGAUACCUGAUGUGUACAGGUACAUAUACUGUCUAUAUAGGAAAGUUUCACUAUGCUAUCUCUAAGUGUGUUUGUGCUGAGAUAGCAUACAGAAUACAUAAUCGGUAUCACGCAGUCACGACUUUUAUUUGAACUAUAACUAACUUCAUAAAUGAAAAAACUACGAGUUACAAUAACCUACUUUCAAGAUCACAGUGAUGAAAUACUGAGGCUGCAUUAAUAGAAACCAUGCUUUGUUUUUAGUUUAGUAAAGUGAAAAGGUUAUAAUACAUAUUUUAAAUGAAUUACGUUAGCCUUAUUCAUGUCCCGUCAAACACAUUAAAACAGAGAAACAUUUAAAAAGGCAUGCGGUCGAAUAUAUUUACCUGAACACGAUUUCUUUUUCAAUUUGUGAACAGUGAAGCCCGUUGUUUAAAAAGUUAGCAAGGGGAUUAUGUAAAAUUCGUACACGUGGAUCCAUUUUGUGUUUGCGACACCAUAAACUACAUACAUAUAAAUAGCUCACGUGUGACACGGUGGUAUCAACUCGUGUGGCAAAUAGACUUGACGCUGAGUUUCUGAGUUGUGUAUUUCAAAAGUUUUACAUAACCUUUAAUCACCAUGAUUAAUUGAUUUCAUGUUGUUUUUACGGCCAAUUUUAUUUUCAGACCAACUUUUUUGUGUCUAUAAAUUGAUGAAGAGAAAAACACAGGAAAGUUCCUCAAAAUGAAUCGCUAUCUAUAACAUUUGAUAAGUUUCUGAUAAGAAUUUUGUGAAACUGGAAACUUAGGUGAAGGCUCUUUCGUAGUUGUGUUGUUGUGGGCGACAUUAAAGCCCGUGCAAUGAUUGAAACAAACAUAUCUAUUAUAAUGUGUUAAAACAGAACUUACUGCACUGUUAGGUUUUCGAGCAAAGUGCAAAUAUACUUAGAUAUAAUUAAGUUAUUAUAAAAUCAGCUGGUUUUUCAUACAAACGGUUUGUGUUUCUGUUACCAUUGAACACAAUAAUAUAGAAUAACAGACUAUUAAAUUAAAGACAGUAGAGAUAAUAAAACAAAUUUCAUUUCAGAAUCUUUAUUCUCGGUGAUAACAUCUUUUCUGAUUUCUUUGAUCUUUCCGUUCUGCUGAAGCUGGAUGUGUCGAAUGUGGGUAUGUCUGAUGGUUCCGUUGUUGUAUACCUUGUUCUUAUUUGGAAUGUAAUAUUACUUAUAUGGAUUGACCAAGGUUUACAUGGCGGAUGUCAUCGAUGAAGUAGGAGACGCUUACUCUCCUGGUACUUUUUCGGGAGUCUCCGUACCGUUUUAUUAUUAUUUUUGCCGUAGUUUCAUAAAAUUCGUACAUGCAUUUAAAUUAAAAGAUUGUGUUUGCAUGUUAGUAUUUUCUUUGUGAUUUCUGUAAGAUUUUUUGUAUUAUAUUAAUUAUUUGUUAAUCUAAAGGAUUCUCUAUAUUACGCCACAGCCUUCCCUUUGUAUGUUAGACUGUGAUCUAGGUAUGUAUUCAGAAUGAAGGCAAAUGUAACUCUCCUAGCCAUCUUAGGUUGUCACGUGUCAAAAAGUCUCUAAAAUUAUUUAAUAACCAUUAUUAUUGGUAUUGUACCACUGUAAUAUCCUACUGUUAACGAUUCAAAUAAGGUGGUUAAUCGUACACGAAUGAGAUUAAUUUAUGUCACAUUUGUUGAUAUCGACAGUUUUAAUGAUGUCUUAUUUUAUCGAAUCCUGGUUAUACCGGUAUAUAUAUAUAACAAGACUGACUUGCAUCAAUUAAUGUAUGUACUUGAGUGAAGUACAUUUUUAUACAUUAUAUUGUCAGACAACUAAAUAUUUGUGUUAGCAUGGUGUCGGGCAACUAAAUAUUUAUAUCAGCAUUAUAUUGUCAGGCAAUUAAAUAUUUAUAUCAGCAUUAUAUUGUCUCUCCGGAAAAGUAUAUAUAGACACGAUAAGUAUUAUACUACAGUGUUCCAGAAAUCCUGGAUAAUAAAACAAUGCACAUUCUAUUUACAGCAAAACAUUAUAACAGAUAUAACACAUUAAGCGGAAUAUGAAGUGUUAUUUCUCCAGUGUUUACUUUCUUCAAAUAUCAAAAUGUUCAAGGUUUUUUAUUAUCAGUAAGCAUAUUAUAGACGCUAUGAAUAUUCGAACUUGUGACCUUUUGAUCUUUGAUCUUACGGCUUACAGUAGUGAUAUCCAAGCCAUUAACAUAUCAAAUAUAAAUAAUGUCAAAAACAAAACAAAAACUUUUCUUUGUGUGCAUGAUAUACGGUAGAAAAAAAUGCUCAUGUCAUUUUGAAAUUAUAGCCAUUUGAAAGGUACCAGAAUGGAAAGAUAAUUAGCCCUUUGUUUAGAGGGACAUAACUCUUCCUGUGACCACUUGUUUGUUCAUGUAUCACGAACAUACAUGUAUUAAUCAUACAUCAUCUUACAAACUGGGACCCUCAGAGAAUCGAGUCAAUUAAUCCCGAACCGAUACAUCCUGAGUUAUAGAACAUAUUCCUGAAACAUCCCGAUAUAUCCUGAGUUAUAGAACAUAUUCAUGAAACAUCCCGAUAUAUCCUGAGUUAUAGAACAUAUUCCUGAAACAUCCCGAUAUAUCCUGAGUUAUAGAACAUAUUCCUGAAACAUCCCGUUGUGAAAUUGAAGUGAUAGAAAAUCCCACAAGUAACAUCAUACAACCUUGUCACCGAUGUUCUUAAAAUCCCUAGAAUGUGUAGAUAUUUAGUUUCACCCAGCAUACAGGACGAUUGUGCCUUUUUCUUUUUACUAAUCAGAAAUCUCACAUAGAACCCUAUGUUAAUGAUGCUUUUUUUGUAUAUAGUGUACGGUAAAUAUAGCGAUGGUUUUUCAUAAGAUGUGUUCACCCUUCAUGGAAUGCGUAUGAUGACAUUAUAAUAACAUCUUGUAUAUUCGGACUGAUACAC